ACCCGGCCGCAAUGGCGUCCUGCAUGAGCAGCAAGCAAGCUAGUAAGAUAGCUAGACUGAUCGAUGUCACGAGGGUAUACGGCUUGGCCAACCAUCCAUCGUGUAGCCGGCAAGACUCAAGUUACUGUCUGCCUUCUUGUUUCCAGUUCAUCACUGCAUCCCCUAUCUUGGACGAUUGACUGGUUUUAUCCGUCUUUGCUAGCUGCAACAUUACUACUGCCAGGGUCAUUGCAUGCACGCCGGAACAAUGUCUGGAGGGCCGCUGGACCUCUGGAAUCAUUGGUCGAUCCAGAUCCUUGUGCUCUUGAGCCUCGCACUCCAGAUCUUCCUCUUCGUCUUCGCCAGGAUCCGUCGACGCGGAGCCAAUCCUGUGCUGAGGAUCCUGCUGUGGUUGGCGUACAUGCAGGCUGACUCCACUGCGAUAUAUGCCCUCGGCCACCUCUCCCUCAGCAAAGCACGCGAGAAUGAGAAGCUUGUCGCCUUCUGGGCGCCGUUCCUCCUGCUGCACCUAGGCGGUCCUGACAGCAUAACUGCCUAUGCCCUGCAGGAUAACCAGCUCUGGUUGCGUCACCUGCAGGUUCUCGUCGUUCAAGUCCUCGGAGCAGGCUAUGUUCUGUACAAACGCAUUGCUGACAACGGGUUCUUUGUCAUGCUGGCUUCUAUCCUGAUGUUCACCGUCGGUUUUGUCAAGUAUGUGGAGAGGACAUGUGCACUCAAGCGGGGGAACAUGGAUACCAUCCGGAGCUCUCUCAAGAAUGAGCCAUAUGUCCAACGGAAACAGUUCCGCACUCUGGAUCAAGGGCUCAGAGAGGGGGCCGCCAACAAGGAAGAACACUAUGUGCGUCUUGCUCACUCCAUGUUCCACGUAUGCAAGCGUGCCAUAGUUGAUUCUUGGAUUGAAAAGGAUUUUGAAAACCGUGGUGGCGAGAUGCUUAGAGACAUCGAAAAUGAAAAAUACAAGGGUAUGUGGAUGUUGAUGGAGGUGGAGCUCUCCCUGUUGUAUGACAUCCUGUAUACCAAGGCAGCUGUGAUCCACACUUGGCCUGGCUACAGCAUCCGUAUUGUCUCGCCACUUGCCACUGUCGCCUCCUUGCUGCUGUUCUACUUCAGUGACAACGAUGGUGACAGCAAAGUUGAUGUUGGUAUCACAUACACCUUGCUGUCUGGGGCUUUCCUCCUGGAAGCAACAUCCUUGUUGAGCGCGCUAGGGUCAAGUUGGACAUACACCUUCUUGUGCACCACACGUUGGAGAUGGCUCCGUAAAACUGCUCUAUGCAGUGGAAGGUGGGAUCAGCUUCGUCAGCUUGUCAAGAAGAUCACGAGAAUACAAGUUGGUGGUCAGGCAAGGAGGUGGUCCGGUGAAAUGGGGCAAUACAACAUGCUGCAACUUUGCAGCCGUCGUGACACAGCCUUCAGUCCUCUUCUCGGUAGAUUGGCAAAGAUGGUGGGACAAAAUGAGUGGUGGAACAGAAAGCAUUACUCAGGGACCAUUCAGAUUUCAGAUGAGCUAAGGCUAUGGCUGCACUGGUACAUACAACGAUUGCACAGGAAAAACAAGGUGAACACGCAAGGCAUGAUCAGGACAAAUUGGGGCGUAGAGGCAUUGCAGUAUUAUAAAUGUUAUGAUGGUGUCGAAUUCAAAGACUUCAAAGACUCUCUUGGCAUUGAGCUCCAAGAGGGCAUCAUUAUCUGGCACAUUGGCACAGAUGUGUUCCUUGCCAAAAGCAGUCGAGACAAGGCAUAUGAUGCAGACCAGGAGAAAGUGGUGGAGAUCAUUAGGACAAUGUCCAACUACAUGAUGUUCCUCCUUGUUGAGCGGCCCGAAAUGCUACCAGGCCUUGCUCAGACCAGACUGUACCAACAGACCUGCCAGAAUCUGGUUGACAUGUGUACUGCAGAGACCUCAAGUCGCAGUAUCAGCUGGACUAAGGUGAAGGAAUUAUUCUGGCUGCAUGACGACCCUAAUCCUUCUCGACUAUUGGAAAGAGACGAUCUUGCCAUCAUGCUCAACACAGAGAAGCCAGGCUACAGCACAGAUGUUCCUCGCCUAUGUUAUGCUAACUGGCUUACUCGAGCACUACUCAAACAAGAAGAGGAGAAGGACAGAAUGGCUGUCUUGGAACUGAUCCGACAUGUGUGGACUGAUUUUCUUGUCUACACUGCCAAUAGAUGCAGCAGGGAGUCCCAUGCCAAGAGACUCGGCAGUGGCGGUGAGCUGACAACCGUCUUGUGGCUUAUGGCGGACUACUUUCACAAACAGUCUGUCCUCAAAGCACCAGAAGAUUCAUGAAUCAUGUACACGUGGAGAUCGAUAAAGCGUGGACAUAACAUUACUGUAUCCCCAUCAGCACUAGCCAAAGCUGGUUCCUGAAUCUCAUGGUUUCGCUGGAAACAAAGACAUGUAUGGUACAGAUUUGCUUUCUCCAAAUGUGAACGAUUUACCUGGCUAUCUUUUGCAUUAGAAUUAGCUUUACCUCUUGUGAACUA